AUGUCGUCAAGCGGAAGAGGCAGACAGCUUGCCAAAGAGGCCCGCCGGCAGGAUGCCGUCAACAGUCCAGCUCCAAGUGUACGUCAGAUUUCGGGCCGAAGAGUGAACAACGAACGGAAUUUGGAAAGAGAGCCGCUCUUGGCCAAUCAGGAUAAAGAGGCGGCUCGCGGCCACGGCUCGAGAGACUCUCCCUUGGCCAGCAUGCAAACGUCCGAUUCAGAUGUGGAAUCGGUGGUGUACCAUAACCAAAGUGGGAACAUGGGCCAUUCAGAGAGUGUCAAUAUAGUGCUGCCCCAUCGGUCACAUGCGUCGGGCCAUAUGCCUUCUAUUUCGGAGUAUGUUCCGGGCGGAAACGCUUCGUCUUUGACGUGGAUGCAGCUCCUUCCAUACUACUUGCCCAUGUUUUCGUGGGUGCGGGAAUACUGUUUUGAAUUUUUCGUAGGCGACUUAAUUGGAGGUGUGUCCUUGGCCACUUUCCAGAUCCCCAUGGCCAUUUCUUAUGCUACUUCCUUGGCAAAAGUGCCCAUCAGCUGUGGGUUGUAUGCGUUGGGCGUGGCUCCCAUAAUUUAUUUGCUAUUUGGCUCGGUGCCUCAAAUGAUCACGGGCCCCGAAGCGCCCAUUUCCUUGAUCGUGGGCCAGGCCGUCGAGCCUCUCUUACACCAUAUGAAGAAGAAACACCUAGAUCCGCGCGACUUCGUAGUAGCCAUCACGUUUGUGAGUGGUGCGGCUCUCCUCGGCUUUGGCUUGGGCCGUUUCGGCUUUUUGGACAAUGUUCUCUGUGACUCGCUUCUCAAGGGCUUCAUUUGUGGUGUAGGUAUAGUCAUGGUGAUCAAUUCGCUAGUGGCCCUGCUUGGGCUUGGCCAGAAGCUUCAGGACGUCAUCAACGACAAAAACGACGUGGACAUCCACUCGCCUUUUGACAAAUUGUGCUUCAUCUACGAUCAUAUGAGCGAAUACAAUGCCUUGACCCUCAAGGUGAGUCUCUGCGCAUUUGUGAUCAUCAUGGUCGUCCGUCACAUCAAGAGCCAUGCGGCCACCUCUAAAAAUGUCUAUUUCCGCCGAGUGAUCUACUUCCCGGAGCUUUUGCUUGUGGUGGCUUCCACAACGUUUCUCUCUUAUAAAUUGGAUUGGCACGCCAAGGGACUCGCCAUCGUUGGAGCUGUUGCGGACGAUUCUAGCACCGCUCUUCUUUUCAAUCCAUUUUCAUCUAUUCAUCUCAAAUUGAUGAGACGCCUUGUGUCCUCGGGCUUGGUGUGCGCAAUGCUUGGAUUCUUCGAAUCGACAACUGCUCUGAAGUCGUUAGGUUCAAGAUACGACUUGCCCAUCUCUUCUAACAGAGAAUUGGUUGCGCUUGGUGCAAUUAAUAUCGCUUGCUCUGUCUUCGGAGCGUUGCCCUCGUUUGGAGGAUACGGAAGGUCCAAAAUCAACGCCAUGUCGGCCAAAACCACUACUUCUGGUGCUAUCAUGGGCAUUAUAUCAUUGAUCACUGUAAAAACUGUCUUGCCUUAUUUGCAAUACAUUCCACUUUGUGUUCUCAGUGUCAUCACUGCGGUCAUCGGUAUCUCAUUGAUUAGCGAAGGUCCUCCAAACCUUCGCUUCCACUGGGCCAGUAGAGGUUACGAUGAGAUUGUCACCUUCUUCAUGACGGUUGUCACCACGAUCUUCUUCUCCAUGGAGGCUGGUAUUGCGGUUGGACUCAUCUACUCGUUGAUUCGAGUCAUCAAGAACUCUGCCGAUUCAUGUAUCCAGAUCUUGGGCAGAGUGCCUGGAACAAACACUUUCUUGGACGCUGAUCUCGCCAAUGAAACGAUUGAGGACCAAACUGAGCCCAACCUGAAAUUGGCACUGCUGGGACAAAUGUCCGAGUUGAACCUCUUUACAGAUAAUUUCAGGCCUUUGAACUACCAGGCUCUAGAAGAGAUCGAAGGAUGUCUCAUCAUCAAAAUUCCAGAGCCCUUGACCUUCACCAAUACCAGUGAUUUGCGGGCGAGACUCAAAAGAUUGGAGAUGUAUGGCUCUGCCAAAGCGCACCCAGCACUCAAAAGAACCAGAGAUGCAUCCAUGACCAAAUACCUCAUUUUCGACAUGGAGGGUAUGGCCUCCAUAGAUUCUUCUGCAGCUCAGAUCUUGCACAUGAUCAUAUUGACCUACCACAAUCAGGGUAUCAAGGCGUUCUUCAUUCGGGUGCACAAGAGUAGAGCGCUCCGGAGCAGGCUCAGUAAUACUGGAAUCACCGAGAUUCUCCGGUCCAACUUGAAGGCCAUGAGAUACAGACACUUCUGCGCCGCUUCUGCUGGAGACGCUGAAACCAACAACGGACGGUCGACCCGAGACUUGACGCAGCUUGGGUUGCACGAUGACCAGCCAUUGCCAGUGACGGAGUCGCCCACCUCGCCAUAUUUCGAACACAUUCGAAGCGCGCUCCGGGUAAUAGACAAUUACGAAAAUUGCGAACAGCCAAAUUUCGAAGUCUAA